GGCACCCUGGAACAUGCCAUCGUCCACCUUGUCCCACUCCACCAUCAUUCAGGAGCAGACAAUCGACAUGGCCAAGGUGGCCAAGUUCUACGAUGCCGUGGAGAACUGUGAUGAUCUCGUGAGCCCGGAGAUGAGUCAUGUGACAUCUGGGUGGCGGUCACGACAGGAGACAAACCAGAAACCAUUUGUCAUAACAGAAACUGAGAAAAUGGCUGCUUUGAAACCAAAGAUACAGCGAGAACAGAAACCAAGAAGUCAUAGGUCAUUUGUCAGGAAGAUUCCAGGACUUGUGUCUCAUGUGACCAACUUUCUGAGUGACUGUUACUACUGGCUGGAGUAAAUUUGGCGUUGUCAUGGAUACUCAACUGUAGAAAAAGACUAUAUAUUUUUUAAAUUGUCAAUACGCUUAUAUUU